UAAUUAUAUGAUAGUGGUAAAAAGUGGCUGCAUAUUUAUUGUAUCGCCACUAUUGCACAUGUCGUUCCUGGAAUGUAAUUCACAUUCACCGACAUACGGUCUUUCUUCAAGCUACACACACAGACAGGGGCGAUCACUGGCAAACUCUGGUAAAUUGGAAAACAUGGGUUCGAUUAGGUGUGAACAAGACUCAAGCACACCCCAUGUGCUUCUUUUUCCAUUCAUGGCCAAAGGCCACACAAUUCCCCUUCUAGACUUCGCCCGCCUCCUCCUCCGCCGCAACGCAUCGGUCACCGUUGUCACCACCCCGGCCAACCGCCCAUUUGCAACCGAAUCUCUCCACAACACUGGCGCCUCCAUCGUCGACAUUCCGUUCCCUGCGAACGUCCCUGAAAUCCCCGCCGGCGUUGAAAGCACUGAUAAACUGCCUUCCAUGUCUCUCUUCUACAAGUUCACCACCGCCACGGUUCACAUGCAGCCCCACUUCGAAAGCGUGCUGGAGAAUCUCCCAAGGGUAAGCUUUAUGGUUUCCGACGGCUUUUUGUGGUGGACACUCCACUCUGCCUCCAAGUUCGGAAUUCAAAGACUGGUGUACUUCGGCAUGAGCGCUUACGCCGAAGCCGUUAGCAGAGAAGCUGUCAUCUCUGGCAUCAUCUACGGGCCCCAGCCUGACGAUGAGUCGGUGAAGUUGAAGCGGUUCCCGUGGAUCCGCCUUAGCAAGAACGACGUAGAACCCGAGUUUCGAAACCCAGACCCAAAAAGUCUUUCUUUUGAAUUCAAUAUGAACGUCUUUUCAUCCGCCUCACAAAGCUUUGGAAUGGUGGUGAACAGCUUCUAUGAGCUGGAGCCUGUGUACAUUGAUUAUGUGAAGGAACAGUCAGAUCAUAAAUCAUACUACUGUGUGGGGCCGCUUUGUCUGGCGGAAGACCAGAGAAAUCAGCUAAGCGUAGAAUCUAGAAAACCGACAUGGAUGGGAUGGUUAGACAAGAAGCAGGAAGUUCUGUACGUGGCGUUUGGAUCGCAAGCAGAGAUAUCAAGCGAACAGUUGAAAGAAAUAGCAAUUGGUCUGGAAGAAUCAGUAGUGGAGUUUAUGUGGGUGAUAAGGAAGAAGGAGUGGGAGCUGCCUCAAGGGUUGGAAGAAAGAGUGGAGAAGAGAGGGAUCAUAGUGAGAGAGUGGGUAGACCAGAGGGAGAUACUGAGGCACGAGGCUGUGAAGGGGUUUUUGAGCCACUGCGGGUGGAACUCGGUUUUGGAAGGAAUAUGCGCAGGAGUUCCGAUACUGGCAUGGCCAAUGAUGGCGGAACAGCAUCUGAACGCUAAAAUGGUGGAGGAAGAGAUAAAAGUGGGGAUGAGAGUGGACACUCACAGCGAUUCAGUUCGAGGGUUAGUGAAAGGGGAAGGCGUGAGGACGAUGGUGAGGGAGCUGAUGGAAGGAGAGAAGGGGAGAGAGGUGAGGAAGAAAGUGACGGAAUUGGCUGAGACGGCGAAGAAGGCGGUGGCGGAGGGCGGUUCAUCGUGGCGAGCCUUAGAGUCACUGCUUGCGGAGGCAUGCAGGAAGAGAGAAUCGUCCGAAGCUCAUACGAAUGGCAUAUGAUGGAUACGUGUGUGGUGGAAAUAUAAUUGUUCCAUCACCCCACUACAGAUGAUUGAAAAGGAACAACGCUUUUGUUUGUAUUAUUGAUGAAUAAGUGGGAGAGGACUAGAAUGGAGUGUUUAAUUAUUGGCAUGCGGUAUUGUACGUAUAUGAAGAUAUUCAUGUUAGUUACGUGAUACUCGUUCUUAAUAUAGAAUCUAAUUGUUAAGUGGAUUUUGAU